GCAGCUGCACAGAUGCAAACAGAAAAGUUUAUAUUCGCAAAGUGAAAAAAUUGUGUACAUUGCAUCAACUAAUUUUUUUACGAAUUCAAUUGAAUGAAAAAUUAAAUAUUUUUAUCAACAAAUAAAUACAAAAUUUAUAUGAGAAUCUUGCUUGAAGCAAAAACAGAGUUCAGUUGAAAUUUUCCGGGAUAAAUGCAUAGAAGUGCCGGCUUUAAGCUGCAAAAAAGUGCACACAGGUUUAAAUACACAAAUACAUAUAUACAUACGUGAAAUUGUAAGCAAACCAUAAGGACAUUUUAGCUUCCAAACCUUUCAAAUAGCCUGAUUAAUAUGAUGUUGGUGAUUAUUUUAUUUGCUUGCUUGGCACUCGGAGGAGCAGCUCAAUUAGAAGAAAAUGACGCAUGUGAAACGGAACACUAUAAGGGAAAUUGUGCUGCCAGCCGAAAUUGUCCGCAACUACCCGCUUCUAUGAACGCAAUGGGUCUCACCAGUAACGAUAUUGGCCAUUGCGGUUUUACUGUAAUUGAGGACAUAAUUUGUUGUCCGAAAAGUGCAGUAACCAGUACCACUACAGCAAAGCCGUCGGAUAUUACUACCACAGCACCACUGCCAGGCAAUGUGUCGACAGGUUCACGCAAUUUAGUUCGCCCAGCUGAUCGUGCAUGCAGCAAAAUUGAAAAGGGUCUGAUCCCAAGCUCAAUAAAUCGUAUAAUUAUGUGCGGGCCUCUUGCCUUCCCAGAAUAUCCGCAUAUGGCGAAAAUUGUUUAUGACGUCGAAGAUAUGGCUUGUGGUGGGACGUUGAUUGAUAAACGUUUCGUUCUUACUGCGGCGCAUUGCAUAAUAACGAGGGACAUGAAACCUAUAAAAGUUAUUUUGGGUGUUACUGACUUCAAUGAUACAGAGCAAUGGCAAGGCCGACUGGAGAUAGAUAUCAAAGCAACCUACGUGCCACAGAACUAUUCGAGUUUUUCUCAUUACUUCGACAUUGGAUUAAUUGAAUUGGCCAGUGAUGCCGUUUUUAGUGUUAAGGUUUAUCCAAUAUGCCUGCAUACUGAUCCAACUGAUUUGCCCGAAAACACGGAAAUAAUUGAGACUGGUUGGAGAAGCACCGAAAUUUACAGUCUAUCAAAACACUUAAUGGCGGCCAAAAUGAAUCUGAUACCGCUGCCAGAAUGCAACGCAAAAUUAGAAUAUUACAUUGAUCGUCGCUUACGUCAUGGGAUUGAUGAGACACAGCUGUGUGCUCUGGCACCAGGGAAAGAUGCCUGUUGGGGCGACUCUGGUGGGCCACUGCAGAUAAUUAACGAUAAAGCCUACACAGUGGUGGGUGUAGUUUCAUUGGGCGGAGGUUGUGGAAAAAAUGUACCGGGUAUUUAUACCAGUGUGCCAAAAUUUUUGGAUUUUAUUGAAAGUAUUGUAUGGCCUGAAGGAUGAUGGAUGAUAAACGAGCUGACCUGACCCUAAAUUAGAAAUAAAAUUUUAUUAAAAAUUAUAAGGAAAUGUUUUUCACUUAAGAGAUUGCCGUCAGUGCGAAGCUGUGACUGCCGGCAAAAAUCGAAAAAUUUGUUAUUUUGUAUAUAAUCGAAUUUAUUGUCAUUUAAAAAGAAAUGUAUUAAAUAUUAAAAUUCUGUUAAUACAAAGUG